AUGCGAGAGCUCAUUCCAAAGUCAACUGAAUUGAUCCUAUUUCGAUGGCAAGAGGGAAAAGCGUCGCCUCCAAGUGAUGGUGGUGAUGGCGGCGACAGGUACGGUGCUAAUGAGUUGUGCAUCAAAGCUACCAGGUGCGGCGGCGAUGCAAACGUUCUUACUUCUAUUAAGCGGUGUCUUGAGCUUUCGUCCAGGAUAGCUGUCGACCAGUGGCCAACUGACAGCUUUCUUGAGUUGCUAGGCUUGUGUGUGGAGCGGGUGAAAACGCCUCCCGAUCUCUGUUAUACGCCGUUGGGAUUCUGCAUCGAGUCAGUGAUUUGUCUUCUCACAGACACGAGGCUGUCUCUCUGGCAUCGUGAGCAGUCCAAGAGCUUACAAAUCUGUGCAUUAACAUGGCACAUGACUUUGGGCCAAUAUUACCGGGAAAGACCGGACUUCGAGACCAUAAUAUUCAAGGAGUUGCUAUUUUUGGCGCUCCUUGUAGGUCAGAGCACGGUUGGCGCACGUAUCAGUACUCCUGACGCCCCUAGAAUGACCAGACAUCUCAAGAACGAGCUAAUUAACGGUCGACGGCAAAUUACCGAGUGGCCUGAAAAGAAGAUGAUUACCGAUCACGCAGCGAAUUGUACUAAUGACGGAGACUUGCCUGCGCCAUGGGAUCGCUCGAAGGCAGUACGUUUAAGGGAGGACUUCGACAUGCUCCUUCGCGCUGUAGAGGAAAUGAAACCUCCAGAGGACGGAGAUGACAUGGUAGAAGAAUGUCAUGAUGUGCCUAGCAGGAAAGAUGCAUUUGAAAACGUACGAGACAAAUACGCACUGAAUGUGGCACAAACUGAGUUCGAAGAAGCCUCGCUCUGCUUGCCUUUGAAGCCAUGUUCGAUUUGCCCGCUAAAAAGGAUGUCCUCGUCCCAACUCUCCAGGGUCUUGAAGAUGCAACUGAUACGGGCGACUGGACAGAAGCAUAUAAUCUCCAUUCCAAGCUUCUAA